UUAAAUACUACAAAAGAGACCUUUUAAAAAUACAUGUAUUUUGAAAAUUUAAGACAGGAAACACUUAUUAUCGGUUUACUCAAGCGACAUUUUUUUGUAACUGCAGUCAGGAGAGCAGGAAAUCAUGGCAGACCUUGGCAUCAAAGCAGGAGAAAGAGUGUUGCUGGUGUGGGCUCAGCCGUCGACACCAGAAGCCUUGAAACAAUAUGCUGAGGAACUGGGGGCAGCUGUGGGCGCUGACGGAAAAGUGUCCGUGGAGAACAUGGAGAGGCUGUCACUUUCCUCCCACACAGCUUCUUCCUUUGACUGGGUGCUGUCGUCUCUUCUGGCCGACAGCUCCUCCAUCCACAGUUCAGACUGCUUAGCUGAAAUGGUCAAAGUGCUGAAACCUGGUGGGAAGUUGGUUCUGGAUGAACCAGUUGCAAGUAAGACGAAUCAUUGCUUUCAGAUG